UGUCACGGCAGAGGAGGAACGAUCCUGUCGCGCGCAGCGUCGGCACGCUCGCGCUGCCGUCAGCCAAUGAGCGCGCGGGGCAGUGCGGCUUAUAAAGGGCCAUCUGCUGCUGAGCCUCUCUGCUCACUGUACUCUCUCUGUAUGCAUUAGAGACCUGAGCUGCAUCCCUGAUCUACCGCAACCGUGAAGAUGGCGGCCCGGGUCGUAAUAUUUUUCAAGACAAUGCAAGCGGCACGAUGCCCGACAGAUGAGCUGUCGCUGACUAAUUGUGCCGUGGUGAGCGAGAAGGAUCUGCAGUCCGGACAACACGUGACUGUGAAGACGACGCCCAACCACAAGUUUGCAUUUACAGUCAAGACCCACCACACUGUGGCACCUGGAAGUAUCGCCUUCAGCCUGCCGCAGAGGAAAUGGGCCGGUCUCUCCAUUGGUCAGGAGGUGGAAGUGUCCAACUAUACAUUUGACAAGUCCAAGCAGUGCAUUGGCGCCAUGACAAUCGAAAUUGACUUCCUGCAGAAGAAGAGCACCGACUCCUCUCCCUAUGACUCGGACAAGAUGGCUGCCGAGUUCAUCCAGCAGUUCAACAACCAGGCGUUCUCUGUCACCCAGCAGCUAGUGUUCAGUUUCUGCGAUAAGCUGUUCGGCCUGGUGGUGAAGGACAUCGAGGCGAUGGAUGCCAGCAUCCUGAAAGGAGAGGCACCCUCAGCAAAGAAACCGCAGAAGAUCGACGUCGGGCUGAUGGUGGGCAACAGCCAGGUGAUAUUUGAGAAGGCAGAGAGUUCUUCCCUCACACUAGUCGGUAAGGCCAAGACCAAGGAGGCACGACAGACAAUCAUUAACCCAGACUGGAACUUUGAGAAGAUGGGAAUUGGAGGUCUGGACAAGGAAUUCUCUGACAUCUUCCGCAGAGCCUUUGCAUCUCGUGUCUUCCCUCCCGACAUCGUGGAGCAGAUGGGGUGUAAGCAUGUGAAGGGCAUCUUGCUGUUCGGCCCUCCAGGCUGUGGUAAAACACUAAUGGCCAGGCAGAUCGGGAAGAUGCUCAACGCCCGAGAGCCAAAAGUCGUCAAUGGCCCAGAGAUCCUCAACAAGUACGUGGGAGAGUCUGAGGCCAACAUCCGCAAGCUGUUUGCUGACGCUGAGGAGGAGCAGAAGAGGCUGGGAGCCAACAGUGGACUCCAUAUUAUCAUCUUUGAUGAGCUGGACGCCAUCUGCAAGCAGAGAGGCACAGGAGCCAGCAGCACGGGCGUGCACGACACUGUGGUCAACCAGCUUCUGUCCAAGAUUGACGGUGUGGAGCAGCUCAAUAACAUCCUGGUCAUUGGUAUGACCAACAGACCUGACCUGAUAGAUGAUGCUCUGAUGAGGCCUGGAAGGUUUGAAGUCAAGAUGGAAAUUGGUUUGCCCGAUGAGAAGGGCCGCGUGCAGAUCCUGAACAUUCACACCAGCAAGAUGCGAGGCUUCAAUCUCCUGGCACCAGACGUCGACAUCAUUGAGCUGGCAGCCGAGACCAAAAACUACAGUGGUGCAGAACUGGAGGGCCUGGUCAGAGCUGCUCAGUCCACUGCCAUGAACCGUCACAUCAAGGCUACAUCUACAGUCGAGGUGGACAUGGAGAGAGCAGAGAAGCUGCAGGUCACCAGAACAGACUUCAUUGGAUCCCUCAACAACGACAUAAAACCUGCGUUUGGUACAAACCAAGAGGAUUACUCCAGCUACAUCAUGAACGGCAUCAUCAAAUGGGGCGACGCGGUCACCCAUGUUAUGGAUGAUGGAGAGCUGCUGGUGCAGCAGACCAAGAACAGUGAUCGCACACCACUGGUGGCUGUGUUACUGGAGGGUCCACCCCACAGUGGAAAGACAGCUCUGGCAGCUAAGAUCGCAGAGGACUCGCAGUUCCCCUUCAUUAAGAUCUGCUCUCCAGACAAGAUGAUCGGACACUCGGAGAUCUCCAAGUGUCAGGCUAUCAAAAAGGUGUUCGAUGACGCUUACAAGUCCCAGCUCAGCUGUGUGGUGGUGGAUGAUAUCGAGCGUCUGCUGGACUAUGUCCCUAUUGGUCCUCGCUUCUCAAACAUGGUCCUUCAGGCCCUGCUGGUGCUGCUGAAGAAACCUCCACCCAAGGGUCGGAAGCUGCUCAUCAUCGGCACCACCAGCAGGAAGGAUGUGCUGCAGGAGAUGGAGAUGUUGGAUGCCUUCAGCACCACCAUCCACGCCCCCAACAUCUCUACUGGAGAACAGCUCGUUGACGCGUUGGAGCUUCUGGGGAGCUUCACCGACAAAGAGCGGGCCAAGAUCGCACAGCAGCUCAAAGGGAAGCGAGUCUGGAUCGGCAUCAAGAAACUCCUGGUGUUCAUUGAGAUGUCGCUGCAGAUGGACCAGGAUUAUCGAGUGACCAAGUUCCUGUCUCUGCUCAGAGAUGAGGGGGCGUUGAAUGAAGGAGAUCAAAUCAGAAUUUAAGGUGUGAGUCACUUUCACAGCAAACUGUGGCCGCAGCUUCUAUGAGUAGAGUCUCACCUUCAACAUCCGCCAACCCCAUAAGGAAUUAACUAAGGAGAAGACAAAGAUGGAGAGAUCUUCGUCCUUUCUUUCACCCUCCGCUCCAUCCGUCUAUAUAUCUGAAAUACGCCUGGUCUAUGAGAGGAGUCCACCGGUCCUCUGUCUCUCAGCAUGUUUCCACUGGCACUUAUCACCUGUGUCACCUUCUUCGUUGUCAAAAUGCUGACGCGUCACAGCGUCUCUGUUAUCUGUAAAAAGGAAGGUUGCAUUAUAAUGACUGUAAAAAAAAAAAAAAAACACGUGCUGUUUUGUGCAUCCUGCAUAAAAAUAACAAAAAAGGGUUCGUAAGUACAUAUGUUUUUAGCUAUAGUGUUUGAUGUAUAUGUUGCAUAUCUCUUGAAGGUAGUUAUCGUUACAGUACGGUGUGCGUGCGUGUGUGUGUGUGUGUGUGUUUAAAGAAAUGCAUACAGUAUAAACAGAAUACGUCAGAAAGUGACACAAAAGCCAUCUGAAUAUUAAGAAUCUAUGAAAGGCUUUUUAGUAAACUUUGUUGUGGCUGUUAAAGAAAAAAAGAAAGACUAUAUAAAGCAGUUCCAUGUGUAAAUGUAAUCCCUUUAACUAUACAGUAUAUUCAUGUCCUGUAAAUAGUAUAUAUAGACCAAGCAAAGUACAGUAUGUCACCAAACUAAUUUAAACGAUCCAUUUAUUUGGUACGUUAUCAGUAUGAUUCUUCUUCCCCGUCGCUCUUACCCAGGUUCCUGUGAUAGUGAAGGUAAAUGUUGGAUAGUUGGCCUGUCUGUCUGUCUGUCUGUCUGUGUUGUGUACAGUUCAGUUCAGUUCAGUCUGCCGAGUGUAGCUAUGGCAUCAUCAGUGUUAAAGAUUUCUUUUUAUUAUUAUUAUUAUUAUUAUUUUUUAUUUUUUUUAAACAACAAAGAUCUGCACUUUUAACAUCAACUCAGAAUUUGACCUGCUUCUCGGAAGCUGUUCUUGUGGGAAUAGAAGUGCUACACGUUACUGUGUGUGUGUGUGUGUGUGUAAAUGUGACAGUCGAUGUUUAAUUUGUGGAGUUUGUUUGUUUUUUUCCUCUCACGUCGCGUGUUCUGUGCUUUUAGUCCCAACAACUUCUUCUCUUCCGACCACUACUGGUGUGUAUGCGCGUGUGCAUGUAUGUGUGUGUGUGUGUGUGUGUGUGUGUGUGUGUGUGUGUAAAUAUAUUUUAUCAUGCAGGUGUAAUAAUAUUGCAAUAAAAAACACAGAUGCACAAGUGAAAGACACUUCCAACCUG